AUGAGAAAGUCUUUUGGCUCGCGCGGGCGCGUUCCCCGCAAGGUCGGCCAGGACGACGACGACGAGAGCGGCGCGGCGAGCUCUGGUGGCGACCACGCCCACGCACCAGAACCCGUGGUCAAACGACCUGCUUCCAAGACCAAGAAGCGCUCGUCCUUGCGCCUGUCGUUCGGCCCCGCCGAGAGCGGCGCCGACAGCGAAGGCGAUGGCGGCGCCGUCUUCACGCCCAAGAAAUCGAACCUCAGCAGGAUAGCUACGCAGCGCAAUGCCGAGCGCAAGGGCUUCCGCGCGUCGUUGUCGGCCGACCAGAUUCCCUCGCGGAGAGACGCCACGGACGAUGAACGGCCGAGCUAUAGCAAGGACUAUCUGGACGAGUUGCGCAAUUCGACGCCGUCGACCCCAAAAGAGGAAUAUCAAAAAGGCAAUGGCAAGGACGUAGACACCAUGAUUAAAGACCUCGACAUCGCCUCCAAAUUCGGCCCUCUGGCAACCCUCAGCGCAUCCACCACCCCAUCCGCCAUCCCCACUGACGCCGAGAUCCGCGAAAAGAAAGAGCGUCGCGCACGCCUCGCCCAGCAGCAGCAACAGCGGAACCCAGACUUUAUGUCACUGGACGCCUCGGACGACGACGGCGCCGCUGCCGCCUCAGACGGUUACGACAGCGACGACCUCGACCGCCCGCGCGACUCCGCCCUCCGCAGCAGCGGCAUCAAAGAAAAGUACGCAGAAACGCGCCUAGUGCCCGACGACGAGGACAUAGCAGAAGGCUUCGACGAGUUCGUAUCAGACGGGCGGAUCGCGCUCGGCCGGGCCGCAGAGCGCGAAGCCGCGCGGCGCCGGCGUGCCGAAAUGGCCAGCAUGAUCGCGGACGCCGAGGGCGGCGACGGCACACCGGCCGGCACGGCGGCCAACAACGACGACGACGACGACUCCGAGGCCGAGCGCAAUGCGGCGUACGAGGCGGCGCAGACGCGUGCAGGCACGUACGCGGCGCGCGACCGCGCGACGAAUGUGGAGGAGGAUCCGGCGCGCCCGCGCACGCCGCCGCGCAUUGCGCCGCUGCCGGAGCUGGGGGGCGUGGUGGCGCGGCUGCGGGGGGCGGUGCGCGCGGCUGAGGAGGCGAGGGCGGCCAAGGCGCGCAGGGUCGAGGAGCUGGUGCGCGAGCGCAAGGAUAUCGUUGCCCAGGAGGAGUGGAUCCAGAAGGAACUACGGGAGGCGGGCGAAAGGUAUGAGCGGUUGAGGGCGGAGGCGGGUGGGGCGGGCGGGGCGGCCACGCCGGUGGAUGCGAAUGGUGUUGGGGGUAGAGGCGGGACUACGCCUAGGGGCCUGGAUAGCUUGGGCGCCAGUCCUGCUGUUAGUGUUGGUGUUGGGGGGAGUGAGGGUGAAGGUGAAGGUGAGGGGGAGAGCAAGAGCGAGGCGGAGAUGGAGGGUGACGACUACGGCGACGAGGACGAAGACAUGGCGGACGCGAGGCCGGGGCUUGGUGCUAGAGCUGGGCUGGGAGCGUGAGGCACAGCGCAGCGCAGCACAGCACAGCACAGCACAACAUGGCGGUCAUCUUCAUCCAUGCUGUGUAGGCGGCUUUAUGGACAGAGUGAUAUGUAUACAUCUCUCUCUCUAAGUAGCACGGCUUAAGCGGCGUUUUAUCGCGUCUGACUCCUUUUCUGUAGCGUGGGCU